CAACUGCUGCCAACUGUACCAAAUCGGAAAAUUUGGCGCAUUCGCAAGCAAAUCACCAACGAAGCAGCACGCACGAACGCGUCGGAGCCUUGGUCGGAGCAGCAAAAACCACCAACAAUGCACAUAAUUAUCAAGAGUUUGGCCACAAAGUGCGGAAAGCACUUUACACUGCAGGUUGAACCUUCCAUCACCGUUCAGGACGUGAAGGUCAUGAUCCAGCAGAAGGCCGGGUGUCCUACCGAGCAACAGUGUUUGAUUGCGGACAGUAAGGUCAUGGAGGAUGGCCGCACUUUGGCGGACUACAGCGUCCAGGACAAGGGCACCAUUCACGUGGCGCAACAAGCGGGGGGACCGUGCACCGAUUGCAACCCCUCGAUGGAGAUCUUGGUCAAAACUUUGACUGGAAAGACCAUCGCGCUGCGGCUUCGGAGUUUCAACUCCGUUGGCGAUGUGAAGAUUAUGGUCCAGGAGAAGGAAGGGUUCCCCCCUAACCAACAGCGCCUUAUCUUCGACUGCCAGCUGCUGGAGGAUGGCCGCACCUUGUCGGGUUACAACGUUAAGCAUGGGGACAUCAUGCUGCUUCUGCUACAAUCGGGAGGAUCUUGCGACGUUUGCAACCCCAACAUGGAGAUCUUCGUGAAGUCUUUGACUGGCAAGACCAUGACGAUGCCGGUUCGACGUUUUAACACCGCAGAGGAGGUAAAGAUCAUGAUCCUGCAAAAGGAGGGAAUCCCUUUGGAUCAGCAGCGUCUGGUUUUCAACAGUAAGCAACUUGACGAUGAACGCACCUUGGCAGACUACGGCAUUCAGAACAAGGACACCAUUCACCUAUUGAUACGAUUGGGAGGACCAUGCAAUGUUUGCAAUCCCUAUAUGGAGAUUUACAUUAAGCUUUCGGCCGGGAAGACCAUGACGCUGCGGCCACGACGUUUCAACACCGUUAAGGACGUGAAGAACAUGAUCCUGGAUAAGGAAGGAUACCCCCCAAACCAACAGCGUCUGAUCUUCAACCAACAGGAACUGGAAAAUGGCUGCUCGCUUUCGUACUACCACAUUCAGGACAAGGACAUCAUAAACCUUGCGCUCUGAAUUGAAGAGCCAUUAAGUUUUAACAGCUCUAAAAUGCUUAAUUUGAUUUCAAUCCAAA